UGUAUUGGAAGACGAUGGUUUCCACAGACUGACAUUCUGGCGCAACCCAAUGUGAAGCUCUUCAUCACACACCGCGGCCUGCUGAGCACCAUCGAUAGUAUCUACUUUGGCAAGCCGGUGCUGGGUCUGCCUGUUUUCUAUGUUCAGCACUUGAAUGUGGAGCGCGCUAAGCAGGCGGGUUUUGGCCUGGCCCUGGAUCUUUGGACCAUGACUGCCGGCCAAUUGCAUGAUCAGGUUGUGCAGCUGCUCAGCAACUCCAGCUACACACAGGCAGCGCAGCUAAGGUCGAAGCUAUUUCGCGAUCAGAAUGAUACGCCGCUCGAACGCUCCAUCUGGCGGACAGAGUAUGUACUGCGGCACCACGGCGCUCAGCACCUGCGUUCAGCAUCGCGUGACCUGAGCCUAGCCCAGCUGCAUGGCCUGGACACAUGGGGCCUGUUCUGUGGCGUCACAUCGCUAAUUGCCUUGGUGUUUGUAUUUGUGAUCUCGGCUCUGUUGAGAGUAUUACGCUACAUUCUAUGUAGACAUUGCAAGAUCGACGCUAAACAAAAAAUACAGUAG